AUGUCGCCUCGAUCGUGUUCGAUAUGUCUUUGUCUCGUCCUGGUAUCUAUCAUCAAUCUAUCAGCAACAAAUCCGAUUCAGGACAUUGCUAAUCAAAACGCACAAUAUAAACGUUUCUUAUUGCAUCCGAAAAUAAUAUCAAGCGAAUCAGAUAUUCUCAAUAAUCUCAUUCAUUCAUCCUCAUUUUCAAAUCCCAAAACUGUCGAUUCAUCGUUGGAACCGUGUGCAAAAAAUCCUUGUGAGAACGGUGGAAUAUGCUUGUUGAAUGCGCCAAUGAAAUACAUAUGUCAAUGUUCCAUGAGUCAUUAUGGUCAACAUUGUGAAAAAAGUUUCAGAAAGCGCAAAGGUUACCGACAACAGGCAUCAUUGUAUGAAUUGUCGAAACAGAUGAAACGUUACAUGAACACACAAGUUGAUAGCGAUGAAGACGAGGAAGAAAGAGCUCAAUAUGAUUUUCGCAAUGGAAUAUAUUUUUGA